AUGGCUGACGAUCAGAAAGAAGAGUCUGUCGAUGUAGCAGUCGCCGUAACUGUCGCUGUCGAGGCAUCACCUAAGCUGUUGAUAAAUGGCGAAGAAUUCACCGCAUGUUCGGAUCACGACGUAGCGGGAUCAUCGCCUUCAGAAGAUGAAGUAGAUCGCAAAUAUACCCACUCUCCUAUUGAUUCUCACUCCGACAACGAUGUAAAAGAUGGAACUGAACCUUUUCAACCUCCCAGUGAAGAACUCUCUGACAAAAUCGUCACCCAAGUCGAAUUUUAUUUAAGCGACGAUAAUCUGGCUAAAGAUGCCUUUCUUCUGAAGCAUGUCCGUCGAAACAAAGAAGGAUAUGUCAAUUUAAAGCUUAUAACGUCUUUCAAGAAAGUGAAGACCCUAACUAAAGAUUACAGAGUCGUUGCUCAAGCCCUGGAAAAGUCAAAGGAGCUUUCGUUGAAUUCAGAAAAGACGAAAGUUCGAAGGAAUACUGCCCUGCCAGCUGAACUUCUCGAACGCAAUCCUGGCCGAACCGUUGUGGUAACGGGACUUGAGAAUGCUUCAAUGGAAAGCGUGAGCGAAAUGUUUUCAAAAUGUGGUGAGAUUGAGUUAAUCCGCAUCGUUCGCCCAGGGAAAACGAUUCCAGACGAUCUGAGGUCCUAUUUUUCCAAACAUCCAGAACUAGAGACGGAGACUUGUGCUGUUGUGGCGUUUGAAACCAUGGCUGCGGCAGCUCGAGCCUGCAGUGAUAUGUCAAAAGAGGGCGGUAUGAAAGUGGUUGAACUUGGCAAGCAAGGACCCAAAAAGGAAAAAUCGAAGUCCAAGUCAAAAUCAAAGGACAGAGGAAGCGAUGUUGUGCGAGAUUCUGACGAGGAACACGACGAAUCCUCAAAGAAACGUCGGAAUAGAAAGAAGAACAAACGAGUACAGGAACUGAUGGGAAAAAAUUCUGAUGAUAACUUCUCAAGCUCGUGUUCCUCCGAUACUGAUAAUUCCUACUCAUCAUUCAGCAGCUGCCGACGUCGACAAAACAGUGGGGGAAGCUAUACCCCAGAUAGGAGUACAUCUCCUGUCAGCAACAGCCCCAGUCCUCGCAGCAGUGCUGGUAACUGGCGGUCACCUCAGAGUAGUCCAGAGAUGUCCAGGAAGAUGGCAAACACUGGUGUAAAAGAAGGCAGCAGUAGUGCUCCAAAUAGCCCAUGGUCUCAGCGUCGUAAGUUUGCGUCACCAAAUCUUAGCCAUUCGCAACACACGAGUCCGCUCGUUGAGUCCUCUAGCCCGCGACACAGAAUGAUCCAGUUGGAGGGAGUGGAACGACUUCCCAAGGGACCUGAUGGCACCAAAGGGUUCCAUCACGGUCUUGGCAGAGGCAGGCCUCUUGCAGCAGUGGCUUAA